AUGAGUGGUGUCUCACUUGUCACACAUUUAUGGAUAGCUGGCACUCCAAUUGAAACCCACGUUUCUCCGUUACAUCAUCAGACUAUCAGAGGACGCAAGUUUCAGAUCACGGAGGAACCUGGCCUGCAUCUGAUAUCUUACUACGACAGGAUAUUCAUCAAGCCAAUACCCCCUUAUCUAUUCUGUCGCGAAUUCUGGGACUUCAUCAGAGAAGAGGAUUCCCAGGUUUACCAAGCUGCGGCUGGUUUUAUGAGGACUUAUUGCUACCUGAUACGUUAUGAGGUCGACUUCAGCAAAGCCACCAGCCCAGAGAUGGCUCUGAUACCAUUCGUUGACGGACAGGCCCUUUCAUUCGAUUCUUUUGUCCAUUUCAUAUCUCAGUUCAAUUCUCUGAACAACUAUCAGGUGUCUCCAAGGUUUUCAUACGGCACGCUACGCUUGACAAGACUCAAUUACAUGGCGCCAUUUCUGAUGAACAAGUUGGCAUAUCUCCAUGUCCAGUCGCAGUGGACCGACUACAUCUCAUCGUUCAUCACGCCUAUGAUAACGGUGUUCGGAGUGACCUCUCUCGUUCUAAACUUAAUCCAGGUGGGACUGGCUGCCGAAAGCCUCGAACCAUCCUGGCCAGACGCUGGAUUUCUCUAG